GUGUGUGCCCAAUCAUUGUGAGCAUGGAGGGACGUGUACACAAACAUGGGAUAGCUUCAGCUGCACCUGUGAUGGAACUGGAUACAAUGGAGCCACAUGCCAUAACUCUCUUUAUGAAGUCUCCUGUGAAGCAUAUAAACAUUUGGGUAAAACAACAGGUUCUUACUGGAUAGAUCCAGAUGGCAGUGGUGCACUGGGACCUUUGAAAGUUUACUGUGAUAUGACAGAAGACAAAGUAUGGACUACUGUGAAUCAUGACUUACAAGAGCAUUUUCCAGUGGUAAGCAACAGACCAGAGAAGCAUGCUGUGCUACAGCUUAAUUACAGUGCCACUAUGGAUCAAAUCUCAGCAAUCACUGGUAGUGCCGAGUAUUGUGAACAGUUUAUCUCCUAUGUCUGUAAACUGUCAAGACUGCUGAAUACCCCAGAUGGCAAUCCAUAUACCUGGUGGAUUGGGCGUGCCAAUGAAAAGCACUACUACUGGGGUGGCUCUGGACCAGGCAUUCAGAAGUGUGCCUGUGGCAUUGAACGUAACUGUACUGAUUCAAAAUACAAUUGCAACUGUGAUGCUGAUUCAAAACAUGAGAGAAAAGAUGCUGGUUUUUUAUCUUACAAAGACCAUUUACCUAUCAGUCAAGUGGUGGUUGGAGAUAUUGGUCGGCCAGGCUCUGAUGCCAAGUUAACUGUGGGCCCUCUGCAUUGCCAUGGAGACCAGAAGGUUACUGGUUCCACUUGA